AUGUUCGCGCUCCAUCGCCUGAACACUGACAACGAGUUAAUUUGCCAAAAUGCUCAGCAGCCUCAGACCUAUGCCUCACAGACUGGCCCCUUCCUCUGCGUCCUCCUCUCACUCCUCUGGUCCAGAGGCGAGCUGUGCGUGUGCAACCUACUGGGGCGGGACAUAGUGGUGACGGACACGGCGGCUUUAGGACAACCUCAAGGGACUGACGUGAAAGUUCCUCGAGGCGAGAGUACAGACAGCUGCUCUCUCACGCUGUACAGACACUUUUGA